CCUCCUUCGGCCUCGCUGCUGCUGGUGGUGGCCAUCCCGCGAAACUUCUCACUCGUGUCCUCGAGUCUAGGUUUUUCCCUUCUUCACAACACAACAAGACAUCAUGGCAUCAACACACCCCGUCGAGAUUAACAGUGGAAUUACCACGACUUGGAUACCCCUCACCACUCCUGGGCCGUCAGCUCCAGCUGGCUGCUCCGGUCAAAUGUACAUGCAGCCUGGUCUGACUACAAUUGUCGCUUUCGAUGCUUGGCAGGGCCUAAAUGUUCCAUUCGCAUUGCAAUGUUUGCCGAUAGAAGUGACGCAGUCCUAUACACAGACCAGUGCUGGAGUAACGGGAUCAACGAGAUUUAGUUUGGGGCCCUUUCAAUGUCCAAACGAGUAUACUACUGCCAGUACAACUAUCCUCAAUUCCCUGAGUACCUCGGUCUUGUGCUGUCCAUCGGAAUAUCGACUCUCGUCGUCCGGCACUUACCUGCAGUGCAUGUCUACUCAGACAACAGGAUCCGUUGUUCCGAACAGCUUGGUUAUCUCAGAUGGAACGCGGCUAUCUUGGGUCGAUACAACUGUUACUGCGUCCGGCACCGUGAUUUUGGCAAAUUCAAUUAUUGGUUACGUUUUCGCUGAUCAGGUAACGUCUUCGUCUGGAACUUCAUCGACGGGAGCUUCCUCGACAUCAACACCUGCCCAGACACAGGGUCCGGCUACGACAACGUCGAUAACUCCCACUCAAACGCCACAGAUGGCUUACAAUCAUGGUCUGGACACGGGUGCUAAAGCUGGAAUUGCAGUCGGCUGUGUGGUAGCAGCCUUGGCAGUCAUCAUUCUGUUCAUAAUUUGUUCUCCCAGAUACAGACGGAAGCAAACGACGAUACCUUCGGUGGCGUAUGAAAAAGAUGGCUCGACACCGGCAACAGAACAGGUGAUUGGAGAAUUGGGAACCAACGAUGUGAAUUAUCCUAGUGACAGCCUUCUUGGGGGUCGAUAUCAAGCAGCAGGUGGUCUGCCCAAGCAGGGCAACAUGUACAACAACAACAACAACCACCCAGGAGCUCAUUUUGUGCAUGAGAUGGAUGGACUUAGCCCAGCGCGGCAAGCUUAAACGAAAUGAAAUCUAUUCAAGAUCACAUUCGGGAGAAAAUAGACACAUAAUUGAAGUGCCAACGCAAACGAUUUUGUCCUGCGAUAGCAGGCCAAGAAAAAGCAGCAAAGUCUUAAAAGCGCAGACCACGU